AUGAUCAUCAUGGCAGCUACAUUGCUGAUUCUUUUUGGGGCCAUAGAUGUAUUGCAAGCAGACCUACUUCCUGAUAAAAAAUUUUUACUUCUUCCACCUGUUAAUUUCACCAUUAAGAUAACUGGUUUAGCUCAAGUUCUUUUACUCUGGGAGCCAAACCCUCAUCAAGAGCAAAGGAAUGUUAACCUUGGAUAUGCCGUGAGAAUAAAUGCACCGCAAGAAGAUGAUUAUGAAACCAAGGACACUAAAAGCCAAUGUGUAACGAUCCUUCAUAAGGGCUUUUCAGCAAGUGUGCAGACCAUUUUCUGGAACAAACACUCACUCCCUGCCAGCAGCUGGGUUUCUGCAGAACUGAAAGAACCACCAGGGUCUCCCGGAACUUCAAUUGUGAAUUUAACUUGUACCACAAACACAGCAGCAAAUAAUUAUACCCAUUUAAGCCCGUACCAAGUGUCUCUUCACUGCACCUGGUUUGUUGGCCAGGAUGCCCCUGAGGAUACGCAGUAUUUCCUCUACUAUAGGUAUGGCUCUUGGACUGAAGAAUGCCAAGAAUAUAGCAAAGACAUAUUGAAGAGGAAUAUUGCAUGCUGGUUUCCAAGGACUUUUAUCAAUUUUUAUGGGCGAGACAGGCUUGCAGUGCAUGUUAAUGGCUCAAGUAAGCAUGCUGCAAUCAAACCAUUUGAUCAACUGUUUGAUCUUCAUGCCAUUGACCAAAUAAACCCUCCAAUGAAUGUCACAGCAGAGACUGAAGGAAAUUGUCUCUCUAUCCAAUGGAAGAAACCAGUUUCCACUUUUCCAACCCACUGUUUUCAUUAUGAAGUUAAGAUUUACAACAUAAGAAAAGAUUAUAUUCAGACAGAAAGAAUAAUGACCAAUGCAUUCAUCUUGAUAAUUGAUGUUACUUCUAAGUAUUCAGUUCAAGUGAGAGCAGAAGUGAACUUUGCAUGCAGGGAAAAGGGACACUGGAGUGAGUGGAGUCAACCUAUUUAUGUGGGAAAUGAUGAGCAGAAGCUCUCAACAGAAUGGCUUAUUGUGCUUAUCAUGGCAGCCAUGUGCUUCAUCUUGUUAAUUCUCACACUCAUCUGCAGAAUUUGUCACUUAUGGACCAAGUUGUUUCCACCAGUUCCAGAACCUAAAAGCAACAUUAAAGACCUCUUUGUAAGCACCAACUACGAGAAAGCUGGUUCUGGUGAAACUGAAAUCGAAGUCUUAAGUUAUGUGGAAGACUCUGGAUUUGAAGUUCUGGAAGAUUCUGUAUUCUGA